GAUCAAGAUAAGCACGGAAGAUCCGAUUCAUUAGGUCCAUGAAAGUAGCUGGAGCGUUCGUCAAACCGAAUGGCAUCACAACGAAUUCAUAAUGACCAUAGCGAGUGUGGAAAGCAGUUUUAGGGAUAUCUUCUCUACGAACCCUCAAUUGGUGAUAACCGGAUCUCAAAUCGAUUUUGGAAAAGCAAGUGGCACCUCGGAGUUGAUCAAAUAGGUCGUCGAUUCUAGGCAUGGGAUACUUGUUCUUAACGGUUACGCGAUUGAGCUUACGAUAAUCAAUGCAUAAACGGAGUGAACCAUCCUUCUUUUUCGCGAAAAAAGCUGGUGCUCCCCACGGAGACGUACUUGGACGAAUGAAUCCUAGGUUCUCCAGUUCUUGUAACUGAGUCUUUAGCUCUCUCAAUUCGGCGGGCGCGAAACGAUAUGGAGGUACGGAAAUAGGAGCGGUACCGGGAAGUAAGUCUAUCGCGAACUCGACUUCUCUCUCGGGAGGUAAACCAGGUAACUCUUCCGGAAACACAUCCGGAAAGUCGCAAACCACUAAGGGUAACUCCCCACGUAUAAAGGCAUCCUCAUCUAACGUCAAGCUUGCCAACAAGGAAUAAACUGAUUCUAGCUCACGAGACCCACAUAAAUACGGUUCCAACGGUUCCUGACGCUCCCCAAAGAAUUCGAAACAAGGACCUUCGGGAGGACAAAUACGAACUCGACGCUUGAAACAAUCGAUGGUAGCAUGGAAUGUGGAUAACCAAUCCAUUCCCAGAAUAAGAUCGAAUCCCGACAUUCCCAGAACAAUGAAGUCGAAUACGAAACGACGAUCACGAAUAUUCAACUCACAAUCUCGACAAAUACAAUCAAGAGGCGUUCUACCCACUAAAGGUGUCUCGACAAACAAAGGAGGACUAAUAAUCUCCAUUUCCAAUUCCAAGGCACACACAAAUGAUGCAGCAAUGAAAGAAUGCGAUGCUCUAGAAUCAAAGAGUACUUUAGCAAAUGAGUUGAAUAAAAGAAAAGUACCCCUCACAACAGAAGUUUCCGGAGCCUGAGAAGUGGUAGGUGGGAUAGCAAAAGUGAUGUUGAAAACUCGCCCCUGGGUACCCUGACCCUGCAUAAAACCCCCUCUUUAACCAAAACCCUGAGCAGGCACGGAAGAACUCGCUCCCUUGUCAACCCCGGAACUCUGAGCUGACGUAGUAUGACGAAAGUAAGGCUGCUGCUGCCUCAAAGUGCCCCUGAACUGUCGGCCCGCAUUGUGCCCUGUUCCCGUCUGCUGCACGGAACCUGAUUCACUACGCGCUCCCGACACCUGAGGACAGUUCCUUGCAAAAUGAUCCGUUGUACCACAAACGAAACAAGCCUUCUUGAGGUGUGGACACUGAGCACGAACAUGUCCAGGUUGAUUACACUUGUAACACACGGACGAAGGUCUAGAUAGAGCACCCCGAGUCCCCAAAGAAGGCGGCGGCGGCCUAAAAUGCGACGAACUACCCUGCGGUGUCUGAGAUGGUUCCCUUGCCCUUUUCCUCCCUUGGCUUCCAAAGCUCCCCGAUGAAGAACUCGUGUUCACGGUUGAUUGUUGCGGUUCCCAAACCCCCCUAUUCCUUUGCGCUUCCUUCGGAAUCUCAAUACUCCUUGCACACUCAACUACCUCAGCAAAUUUAGUCUUGCGUUGCACCAUUACCAUCCUCCUCACGGUAUUACGUAGCCCUUCCUCAAAGCGCCUACAUUUCCUCUCUUCCGUCGCCACCAACUCUGGCGCAAAACGAGAUAAAGAUUGGAACUUCUGUGCAUACUCUGAGGCAGUCAUACUUCCUUGCUCUAACUUUUCAAAUUGUUCUCUCAAUUGAUCACGACUGGUUUCAGGAAAAUAUUGCUCCUCAAAAAUUGUCUCAAACUCUACCCACGUUACAUCCUCCACAUCCGGUUCAUUUACUUGAGCCGCGGUCCUUGCCGCUCUCCUCGCAUCCUUCCUAGACUCUAAGACAGAUUCCCAUCCCUGCUUCAAUAGGGAACUUGACAAACCUGAUAUGGUUGACCCUUGACGAGAACUCUCUCUCUGGAUCUAUCCCUCAAGAACUAGACAAUCUUAGAUAUCUACAGACUCUUGCUAUGGGCUUCAACAAGCUCACCGGUCAUCUAUCGCCGUAUAUGUUCGUUCAUGGAUCCCUGAAAUGACUUGUUGUAGCAAAUAACUAUUUAACUGGUCGUAUCCCGAAUAGCUUGAGAAAUUGCAGUGAGUUACUUCGUGUUAGGUUUGAUCAAAACCAAUUGACGGGGCAUUUAUCAGAAGUUUUUGAGGCAUUCCCAAACCUUGAUUAUCUAGAUCUCAGUCACAAUAAUUUCUAUGGCGAUCUUUGGCACAAAUGGGAUUAGUUUCCCAAUCUGACUAGCCUAAAGAUCUCCAACAAUGACCUUUCCGGAAACAUUCCACCUGGCAUUGGAAGAGCAACUCAGUUACGGUUACUCGACCUCUCUUCAAAUCAUCUAGUUGGUGCGGUACCAAAGAAUUUGGGAAAGUUGGUUUUAUUGUUCAAUCUUACUCUUAGCAAUAACAAACUUUCAUGCGAUAUUCCUCCAGAAAUUGGAAGCCUUUCUAGUCUUCAGCAUCUAGACUUGUCUGGAAACAAUCUUAGUGGACCUAUUCAAAAGAAGUUGGGUGAUUGUGUGAAUCUUUUGAACUUGAAAUUGAGCAGAAAUCUUCUCAGGGAGAGUAUUCCUUUUGAAUUAGGAAAAUUGCAGUCUCUUGAAAAUCUCGAUCUUGGAAAUAAUUUAUUAACAGGUGAGAUACCAUCUGGGAUUGGGAGCUUGAAAAGGUUAGAGAUACUAAAUCUCUCCCACAACUUCUUGUCUGGUUUAAUCCCUUCCUCUUUAAACGGGAUGUCAAGUUUAACGUCGGUUGACAUAUCUUACAAUCACUUGGAGGGUCCUCUGCCCAACACAAAAGCAUUUGAAGAUGCUUCAUUUCAAGCAUAUCGAAACAAUGAUACACUAUGUGGCAAUAAAACUAGUUUGAUGCCAUGCUCAUUGAAGCAGAACAAUGGAGACAAAGGGAGAAAUCAUAAAAAAAUUGUGAUUCUAGUUGUAGUUCCUUUGUUGGGUAUUUUAUUUCUUAUUGUUGCUAUGACUUUCCUGAUCCACCGCAACAAAAUGAGAGACAACGAAAUUGAGCCAAACAGAGCAAGUAAUAAAGAUUUGUUUGAGAUUUGGAGCUUCGAUGGAAAAUUGGUGUAUGAAAACAUAAUCCGAGCGACGGAGGAUUUCAAUGACAAGCAUUGCAUUGCAGCAGGUGGAUAUGGCACUGUUUAUAGAGCUGAGCUGCCAAGUGGUCAAGUUGUCGCUGUAAAAAAGUACCCUCCUUCCCAAGAUGGCGAGUUGGCUAACCUGGUAAGUUUUAUGAGUGAGAUUCAUGCAUUGACAGAGAUAAGACAUCGGCAUAUCAUAAGGCUUUUGGGUUACUGUUCACAUCCACGACACUCAUUUUUGGUUUAUGAGUUCUUGGAAGGGGGGUCCUUGGACAAGAAACUAAGCUGUGAGGAAGAAGCACUAAGUUUGGAUUGGGAUAAGAGGAUAAAUGUUGUUAAAGGUUUGGCAGAUGCUUUGUCAUAUAUGCACCAUGGAUGUUCACCCCUGGUCAUUCAUCGUGAUAUAUCGAGCAAGAAUGUUCUGCUAAACUUAGAAGAUGUCGCUUACCUAUUUGAUUUCGGAACUGCAAGACUUCUAAACCUGCAGUCAUCAAAUUGGACUUCCUUUGCAGGCACCUUGGGAUAUGCUGCUCCAGAACUUGCUUACACAAUGGAGGUGAAUGAAAAGUUAGACGUCUACAGCUUUGGAGUUUUAACACUGGAAGUUGUAAUGGGGAGGCAUCCAGGGGAUCUCAUGUCUUCUCUUUCUUCAUCAUCUUUGGAUUCGUCACCACCAUCUUCUUAUGGUAUUCUGUUCAAGGACGUAUUGGACAAACGGCUCCCACUACCAAGGAAUCAGGAGGAGGAAGCAGUGGUUCUUGCUGUAAAGAUAGCACUUGCAUGCUUGCACCCCAACCCGCAGUGCCGACCCACUAUGCAACAAGUUUCUGUGGCUCUAUCAAAUUUGUUGCCCCCUCGGUAAUCAGAUGUGUCUACAUUUGUUGUAAAAAAUUUCAGGGGCACCGAAAAAUUUCUCAGGUUUGUUUGGGUUUCUCUUUCCCCUCUUCUCUCCAAUCUAGGGUUGCUUUUUGCGUGACAAGAAGUAAGGGUUGCUUUUUGCUUGACAAGAAGUAAGGGUGGUUGAAACUUUUUAAUGGAAGAUAUCAUGUUUAGAGUAAAUGAUAUUGUUCAAGCUGGGUAACAGAUAUUGUUCUUUUGCUUUAGGUGGCAAUGGGUGGGUUGUGUGGUUGCUAGCUGUUGCUUCAUAUCUGGGAUUGGUUGGUUGUGGUGGGGCUCUCUAUUGAAGCUGUUAUUGAUGGAGCUAAUUUACGGAUAUGGUUGAAGCUGCACUUAAUUAGUGAUCGAAGGCUGAAGGUUGGCAAUUCCUUGCAUCUGAAAGUUUGUGUCUCCUUAUCUCAUCGCUUACCAACUCCAGUCAAAUUAAUCUUUUGGAUGGCUAAGUGAUCAUAAUUAAUCUUUUGGAGGCAAAUCCUUGUACCAUCUCUUUUCAACUCCUAUCAAAUUAAACUUUUAGAGGGCUAAGGGAGCAAAAUUAGCAGUACUGGUCUGAAGAGCUUACCCAAUGGAAGUGGAGAUCCAUACGCUGAAGUCGUUAUUGGUGGGGAUAGAUACUCAAAGGUGAUUCAUCAUGCUUUGUAACAGCACUUAGUAAAGGCUGAGGCUUGUGGUGAUCUAUGAAGCUGCCAUACCUCUCCAUGCUUUUUCUGGAUUUCAUUGGAUUCUAUUUACUGUGUUGUGGUUGAUUUUCGGAACAAGUUUCCUAUUUUUGUAAUGUUCCUAUUGUUGUAAUGUUCCUAUUGUUGUGGUUGAUCUAUGAAGCUGUUAUUUAUUGUUU